GAGCUGCUGUUUAUCCGGUAGAACAGCUAGUUCACCCUGCUGCUAAUCACCUCUACAGGAACAUGUUUCUGGAAGGAAUUUACAUAUGAUCGAGUUUUACAACAACAUCAAAAAACUGGUUAUAGUGUAUGGGUUUAAGGUGUUCUGCUUCAAAACUUCAUUCUGCUUUUAAGACCAAGCUUUGUGAAGAUAUGCAGACAGAAGCUUGUAUGACUUUUGGUGGAGGGACAUCAGACUCUGUAGGACACAUCAGCCCUGAGGACCAACAGAAUGGAGAAUUCCAGAAGAAACCUAUUAAAGAGGAAGAACCUGAAGAUGAAGAAUAUUUCUAUGGAGGUACGUCAACCUUUGUGGGACACUUCACCCCUGUGGACAAACAGAAAGAAGGAUUUCAGGAGAACCAUCUAAAACAGGAAGAACCUGAAGAUGAUAACUACCUCUACUGUGAGGACUGCAGCUCAUUCUUCAUCAACAAGUGUGAGAUUCAUGGACUGGCUGUCUUCAUCUCUGAUAGCCAUGUUUCCAUGGGGGUUCCAGACCGAGCCAGACAAACCCUUCCACCUGGCCUGGAAGUGCAGAAAUCUGAUAUUCCCGGGGCAGGCCUGGGAGUGAUUAAUAAGGGAGAGAUUGUUCCAGUAGGUUCCCACUUUGGCCCCUAUCAAGGAGACUUGGUAGACCAAGAGGAAGCCAUGAACAGUGACUACUCUUGGGUGAUCUGCAAACAUGGCCAGUGUGAGGAAUACAUCGAUGCCAAGAGAGAGAUAUGUGCAAACUGGAUGAGAUAUGUGAAUUGUGCUCGUAAUGAUGAAGAGCAGAAUCUUGUGGCGUUCCAGUAUCGAGGGCAGAUUUUUUACCGUUGCUGUCAACCUAUCGAACCAGGACAGGAGCUCUUGGUGUGGUAUGAAGAGAAAUACGCUAAGGAUCUCAGCAUUGCAUUUGAAUACAUCUGGAACAAAAAGUGCUCCAAUAUCGAAAUGAAAGGCCCAAUGAUGGAAGCUGUCUCCUGCUCCUUCUGUCCACUGUCCUAUACAUCUCAAAUUUACCUUUACAAACACAUCAGACGAUUGCACUGUAAAGAAUAUGAGAGACUGCUGCAACACGAUAUUAACUGUGAAAAAAUUAUACCCACAAGAAGCACCUGUAGUCAGCAAAAGUUCCCUGAGACUCUUCAAACUAACACCACUCCUGGGAAAAUGCAGAAAGGAUCUGAUCACACCUCCAAUUGCAAGGAAAGUUUUAUUCAACACCUCGAACUGCCCCGGCACAUUCACGCGAAAGAGAAGCCAUUUUACUGCUCGCAUUGUGGAAAGAAUUUUACUAGGAAGGAUAAUCUCCAAACGCAUAUGCGCAUUCACACGGGUCAGGUGUUCUACUGCUCACAGUGUGGAAAGAGUUUUAUCCGAGAGAGUCAUCUUCAACUACACGAGCGCAUUCACACAGGAGAGAAGCCAUAUCAGUGCUCAGAGUGUGGGAAGAGUUUUAAUCAAAUGAGCGCUUUUAAAAGACACCAGCGCACUCACACAGGAGAGAAGCCGUAUCAGUGCUCGCAAUGUGGGAAGAGUUUUAGUCAGCUGGGUAAUCUCCAAACACACCAGCGCAUUCAUACAGGAGAGAAGCCAUUUCAUUGCACAGAUUGUGGGAAGAGUUUUAGUCUACUCAAUACUCUCCAGUUACACCAGCGAAUUCACACAGGAGAGAAACCAUAUUACUGCUCAGACUGUGGGAGGAGUUUUAAUCAAGUCAGUGCUUAUAAACGACACCACCGCAUUCACACAAGAGAGAAGUCCUAUCACUGCUCUCAUUGCGGGAAGGGUUUUAGUGACGGAGGUAAAUUCAAGGCACAUCAGUACAUUCACACAGAUGAGAGGCUUACGAUGAUGGAUGCUUUGCAAACAUACCAUACAUGUCCUACUGUCUCCCGACAUUCACAGUACCAAGGUGAUAGCAUAUCAAGCUUUGCAAAGCACAUCAACCCUGUGGACCAAAUGAAUGGAGGACUCCAGAAGAAGCCUCUAAAGGAGGAAGAACCUGAAAAUGAUGAAUACCUCUGUAAGACAAGUGGUGGCACAUCGGUCUCUGUGGUUCACGUCACUCCUAUGGAACAGCAGAAUGGAGAAUUCCAGAAGACGCUUAUAAAAGAGGAAGGACCUGAUGAUGAUUAUCUGUACUGUGAGGUCUGCAAAUCCUUCUGUAUUAACCAGUGUGAAGUUCAUGGUCCUCAGCUCAAAUCACACCAUAUAGAAGAGAAGCCAUAUAACUGCUCACACUGUGGGAAGAGCUUUUCUACACGGAGGGAUGUGAAGGUCCAUGAGCGCAUUCACACAGGAGAGAAGCUGUAUCAUUGCUCACAGUGUGGGAAGAGUUUUGUCCACCAAAGUAGUCUGAGAUCACAUAAGCGCAUUCACACCGGAGAAAAGCCGUAUCAGUGCUCACACUGUGGGAAGAGUUUUGGUCAUAAAGACACGCUCAAGAAACACCUGCACGUUCACACAGGAGAAAAGCCGUAUCAGUGCUCACAGUGUGGGAAGAGUUUUAGCGACAGAGGGACUUUCCGAUCACACCAAUACAUCCACACAGGAGAGAAACCGUAUGAAUGCACAGAGUGCGGUAAGAUUUUUACUCGCCAAAGUUCUCUCCAACAACACCAGCGUGUUCACACAGGAGAGAAGCCGUAUUACUGCUCAAAGUGUGGGAAAAGUUUUAGUCAACAUGGUACCCUCCAGCAGCACCAGCACACUCACACAGAAGAGAAACCAUAUCAGUGCUCACAAUGUCGGAAAAGCUUUAACAGGCAGAGAAAUCUCCAAUCGCAUAUGCGCAUUCACACAGGAGAGAAGCCAUAUCGCUGCUCGCAGUGUGGGAAGAGUUUUAGUCACCAUUGUACUCUAAAACGACACCAGCGCAUUCACUCAGGAGAGAAGCCGUAUCGGUGUUCACACUGCGGGAAAAGUUUUACUCAACACGGUACUCUACAAUCACAUACAAGCAUUCACACAGGAGAAAAGCUCCAUCAAUGUUCACAGUGUGGCAAAACAUUUAACCGACAGAGUUCCCUCCAAAUACACCAGCGCAUUCACACGGGAGAGAAGCCUUAUCAGUGCUCGCAAUGCGGGAAGAGUUUUAAUCAAAAUGGCACUCUCAAACAACACCUGCGCAUUCACACUGGAGAGAGGCCGUAUUACUGCUCACAGUGUGGGAAGACUUUUAGUCAGCAGAGUACGCUCCACCAACACCAGCGCAUUCACACUAAGAAGAACCUAUAUCAGGAUACGGCAUGGGAAGGGCUUUAAUGAAGCAUGCCCUUCAACAACAUUAGCACGUCCAAACAGGAGAAGUCGGCGUUUCACUGCUCAGAUGUAAAUGCUCCUAAUUAACUUGGGGUGUGAUAUUGUUUUGAUAUUGUCUUAAACAUACAGCUGUGUGUCAUCAGCAUAGCAGUGGAAGCUAAGACAAUGUUUACAAAUGAUUGUACUCAAAUGUAGUAUAUAUAUAAUUCUUCUUCUUCAUCCCACCAUUUUGUCUGGGCUUGGGACCGGCACUGAGAGUGCACUAGCUUGUGCAACCCAGUGCCUGGGUUUGGUGCCCAGCAUGGGGCUCAAACCUACAAUCCUGAGAUUAAGAGAUGUAUAAUUAUAUAAAAUUAAUUUAUUAUAUUAAUAUCCAUAUUUAAAAAAAAAAAAAACACUUGUCCUAGAACAGGCCUUUGUGGAACAACAAAGUUUACCAUACUAACUUAUUUUACUUACCUCUAGCAAGGCAUGCAGAAUGUGGUCAUCCAGCGGAAGAUGCUUUUCUUGUCAUCCCUUAAGUAGUAUUUUAGAGAACAGUAAAAAUGCUAGAUGUUUUUAAACCCAGAUUAAAAAUUUUCUUGUUUAACUUGCCAUAUUCAUCGUUUUUUAUUCUUUUAUCUCAUCUUAAAUAUACUUUUCAUUGAUUCUAAAUAAUUUGCAUAGAUUUAUAAUGAAUUCAUGUUACUUCAUCUCAAACCCAGAGGCUUGAUUGGCAUUCUUUCCUUGGGCCCAUGUGGUUGUGUUCUUUUUUAGGAUGUUACGGCAGUCUAGGUUGGACUGCAACAUGAAUGAGAGACUGGAUCCCUCUGUCGUCAGACGCAAACACUGAACACUCAAUAUCAACUGUCAGUGAGAUUUUAUUGACAAAGGUGUACUCUCACUUUAAAUUGCAACCGUGGGAUGGGAUGUGCUUCACGGACGAGUAUACGCCAAAAUAAUUUUUUGGAUAACUCCUUUUAAAAAUCACAAAAUAAGGUUUUCUCUAAGUAAUUUAAAAGAAAAACUAGUCCUUCAGAAAGACUGCAAGCUACUGCAACAGGUCUACUCAAGAGAAGAGAGGUUAUUUGGUUUGGUACUUCUGGUGACAUCUGAAAGGUGACAGUUUCCCACACUGCGACAGAACAAAGUGGUAAAUGAUAGCUCUGGUGAGAAAAUUUGAUAGACAACUUGGUGUAAAAGUGUGGAAUGUCUUAGUAUGCUGCCAAUAAUCACACUGGACCCAGGGUUUAAUAUUUUCUUGGGUUUGACAAGUCAGAAAAUCCAAACGAGGCAGAGAAACAUCUUACUGCUAAAUGUGCCCCAAGGUUCAGUUCACCUGGCCAGCCUGGGGUUACAUCAGACCAGCUUCAUAAGACACUGGUGUGGUGUAAGUAUUUUAUUGUCCAGCAGAUGUGAGUAUAGAGUUGUGAGUUGAGUGUUACUAUUUCAGACGCUUUGUUCUGCAAAUCACUGAAUAAGUGCAUUUCAAUCAGCUCCCUAGGUCGUGAAUCAGUACAUGGUGUACAAGAGUUCAGGCACUGGUAAGGACUCUGGCUCACUACACAUUGGCGUAGACACUGAUGACUCAAUUUCCUACAACAUGACUAUGUAUUCACUUUGUAAAACUUCACCACUGGCAUUUAUCAACAGUAAGCAGGACUCAAAUUUUUCUGACAUGUCAUGUAAAUUUAUUAGCUUGAUCACACGUGUUUCAAUCAUGGUACGUCAAGCAGGAUCUUAGGCGAAUAGUGGAUUUAAAAAAAAACCAAUUAAAACACUUAAAAAGCCGUUAGAAACCGUAUAUAGCAUGUCAAAUUGUUUUUAAAAAAUUGCUAAUUUGAGAGAUACAACAACGAUAACAAGCUAUUAACAUUUGUAGACAAAGUUGGCUUAUGUUCGUCCACCUUUUUUUUUUUUUUCUUUUCCGAGCUGAGAGACUUCAGAAAACAUGACGUCAUUUCCAGUAAGGGAACAUAGUGAGCAUCGAUGCUCCCUGGUUUUUGCAGUGCAUUGUGGGAUUUUUUAGGGAGCGAAUGUUUCAGUGCACUUGAAGGAUUUUGCGAUUGAGACACACCUUGAAAUGGCCAACUCCCUGAUCAGUGUCCUGAACUACUGAACUAGGGAGCUGGUUGAGACACACCCUAAGAGAAUACUUCAAUUCAAUUACAACAAUACGAUUUGAAUUUAGAACAUGAAUAAAGUCAUUUGUUGACGCUGAUGUUUGACAUCUCCAGACAAUCAAUCAAACAGACAAUCAAGAAUAUAGACCUACCCAUUGCAACAAAGCUCUCUCAUCUGUUUACAUCUGGAGUUUUCUGUGUUGAUUGUGAUUAACUGACAAUGAGAUAGAAAAAAAGACUAUGAGAGAGCUGAUUGGUCAGUUUGUUUAGUCGACUGUGUUCACCUGAUUAGCUGUAUGACUCAUUAUAAUACAAUCACGAAAAAUAAUUAAGUGUCAACUAGUUUUUAAUCUCAGUUCCGAGCCAAUGGAUUGAUCAACUCGAAAACUAAAAACCAUCAUCUACCACAAAAAAAAGCUUGAUUUAUCGCCAUGAGAGCACACACCACUGCACUAACAGACACAAACAACAAACUGAAGUUUACUUCAGAGUGACGAUCCAGGAUAUCUAAGCACUUAUUAAGUAGUUUACAUAUUAGCCAGCAUGCUAGCUAGCAUUAGAUAUCUCAUGCAAUGAUUGUUUAUUCCAAAAUACGUUCCCCCCGCUAGUUUCAAUUUAAAAGAGGGAGAGAGAGAAACUUAAAGAAAUAGAUUUACUUUACAAAUAUACAGAAGCAUUAAUAACUUUCCUCAGAUGUAAGGUGUAAUCUGAUGUAAAAUACCUGUAAGUAUUUUAAACUGUAUUGUUGUGACACAAGCUGGCUCUCUUGCUUUCUUUCUCGAUUUACUCCUUAUGCUGUGGAUGAAGUGGUAGAGUGUGGAGUUAAUAAUUAUUUUCUAUUAGUGCAUCUAGAAUGAAAUCAAAACCAGACAAGGUUCCUUCAGGCAAAACUCCAAAGACUCCUCAAUCAUGUGACCCUAUAUUUUUUAAAUUCUGGAUUUAUAAUAUAGGGCUAAUGUAACAUUUUAUUCUGUCAGUAACAUCCUUAUCUGUAAUCUAAGUGACUUAAAACCAGAGGAAUAUUCCCUGCACUGGCUUACAAGUCUUCUAGUGGGAAGAGUGAAAUAAAAAAUUUUGACACAGCUUUUCAAAAAGUCAGGAAGUGUAUUUGAAAGGACAAAUCUGUGUGCAAAUGCAGAAGCGGUAGAUGUACGAGUGGCAUAUCUUAUGUACAUCCAAAAGAUAAAAAAGACACGUUUUAUGUCAAAAUGUGAGAGGCAAAAUUUCCCUGUUUGUCUGAUUUCCAAGUCAAAUUGUAAAAGUGCACAGCGUUGUCAAGCACAUUGAGGCGCUUUGUUUCCCUUAAAACUUUCUGCCUUUGUGAUUCUCCUCCUUAUCAUGGGCUGUGUCUCAAAUCAAAAACUUUUACAUUUACUUUUCGAGAAAUUCCAGAACACUUGUACAAAAGACAGGCCCUACUGUAGGUUUGAAGACUACAAGAGAGGUUUUUAAAAUUCAACAUGGACGACUCCCAGUAUGAGAUCAAGAGGUCUUGGUAGGCACUGCAGUUUUCA